AUGGCUGACAGCCACGAGUUUGUCCCGGCUACCGCCGAGCAGGUGGCGACCAUCAGGAGUCAGCUGGGGACCGACGAGGAAGACAUCCGGCAGGCCGUCGCGUCCCUGCGUGACUGGCUCAGGAUGCAGCCCCACCUCCCCGACCACAUAGAUGACGCGCGCAUCGAACGGACGUACAUCGACUGCAAGUGUAGCAGAGAACGGGUUAAGUUGGCGUUAGACGCCUAUUUCUCACUGAGGAACAAGUUUCCUGAGAUACUGAUGAACAGGGAUCCGAUGGGACCUGAGGUUUCGUACACCAUGCAGCAUCUCAAGCUGGUGACAAUGCCGCGACUCACCAAGGACUUGCAGCGAGUGCACAUAAUCGCAGGCGUCGACCCGGACCCGUCGGCGAUCUCGUGCGUGAAGUACGCGAAAGUGCUCACGAUGCAGCUGGACAUGAUGUACUUGGAUGACUAUUCCCUCGGAGACGUCGUCAUCUGCGACAUGAACGGCGUGACCGUCGGGCACCUCCUCAGGAUCGACAUCAACGUCGUCCGCGCUCUCGAAUUCUGCUACAAGACUGUCAAUCGCAGAAGGAUGAAGGAAAUACACGUGUUGAACGUGGACAAAAUAACUGACUUCGUCAUGAAAAUAGCUAAGACAGCAAUCUCUGAUAAAUUGCUGAAGAGGAUCCGUCUCCAUCUGCCAGGAUCGAACACGCUGUUUGACCACGUGCAACGGGAAGACGUCCCGGAUGAGUUGGGAGGAACCGCCGGCCCUAUUGAUACGUUUGCCUAUGAGUUUAUCAGGAGAGCAGAGAAGCUGCGAGACUGGUUCCUGGAGCAGGACAAGUACACCUCGGAUGAGAGCAAGAGACCGCCAGACAACCAGUAUGCUGACAGCAUCUUCGGCGUUGCCGGCUCGUUUCGAAAACUUGCUGUAGACUGA